AUUCUCCACUCCUUUUCUUCAUCUCAGAGAGCUCUUUGCUUUUGGAAUCCGACUAUCGCAAGCAUGCUUCCUGACUUCUUACAGAGUAGUUACGCCCGCUACAAAGCGGACACCAACACGUUUGCAACAUGGCUACUAGAGACAGCUAAUCGAUGUGGCUAUCAACCGCCGACCCUCUCUGCUACCCUCCCCGCAGCGACGAAAAAAGACAAACGCAAAGGCAAAAAGGGCGACACUGAUGCAGAACCAAUUCAGUAUAGCGCCACAACCAAAGAUCUGCAAAAGUUCGCAGAGGUCGUGGCCAGUUCGACUCUCCCAGUACCCAAGUCGGUCCUCACCCUUGCGAAACGCGCCAUCAGGUUGAGAAAAGCGGUCACAUCCUGGUUCCUGGGCCAGGGCGACUCUGCCAACAACAAGCGUCAUGCUCAUUUCAUCACGGCGCUGGAGCAGAUCUGCGAGACUCUGGAGUGGAAGACCAGCCAGUCCUCGACGAAGCCAGACGCCAAGCAGCCUCAACCCGACGAUGUCGAUACCGACCAAUUCUUGAACAGAUUCGCGGUCCUCACGGUGGAGGAGCCCAAGGAAGCUGCGCCGUCUCAACCGACACCCGCAGUGUCGAAGAAGCUCGUCAAGGUGACGGUCGAUGAAGAAGAGGACGAGGAGGACGCAGCAGACUCGUAUCUGGGCCAGCUGUUCUUCAAGACCCUCUGCUUGCUUCAGGAUUUGGACAACAUGCGAAAGUUCAUUUCCAUCACCUGGUCGGAGUAUCACGAGAAGAAGAUCGACCUCAUGAACGCGGCUGUCGUCACUGACAGUGCUUUGCAACUUGCCCAAGGCCUGGUCAAGGAGGUGGAGGCGGACUGGCGCAGCUCGCUGUCCGGGCGAAAGGACGAUGUUCAGACUGUUGUCUACAAGCUUGCUGCUCUCUCGCGCGGCAUCUUUGCGCCUCCGUCCAAGGAGAUUGGCCUGCCCUACAACAAGAACCUGGCUGAUACCGCCGAGUGGUGCUAUUUGCCAACCAAGAUCCUGCUUGAGUCUUUUGCGGAUGUCCUCCAGGCAAAUCACCAGCCAGUCUUCAGAAAGGGCCACUUCGGCAUCUACGAUCCGAAAGCGGACAGGGAGCGGAUGUCUCUGGGCGAGAAGUUCAACGAAGACAAGAUCAUCCUUCUCUCGAUAUUGCCCGAGUUUUGCAUGUUCGAUACGUUCGGCAUUCACUUGCCUGCCGAGGAUGCAAUCACUCGGGGCCUGGUUGAGUUCGCCAAGACCAAAAGGGUGAGUCUGUGGCUCUGUUUUGCCGCCCAGAUUUUCCUCGACGUUCACCACGCGAUGCGACACAGUACCUUAGGCGCCUUUGGAGAUCUCUGCAUGUCUGGACUCCGCAUCCAGAAGACUAUCGAUGAUUACCUGCAACUGUCUAAAACACACCCUCAGCCCAAAUUCUGGCCCAGGGAGGGCGAUGAGGAGAUUCGAAGCAUUACUUCAACUGUGGAUGCAUGGAUCAAAGGAGAUGUGUUUUUCGACGUUCGAGCCCUGUCCAAAUUGGACAGAGUUGGCACUCCGCCCGAGAAGCAUGAACUCUUCUCGCAGCAUGCUAUCCUCUGUGGCCUGGUCUUGUUCCACCUCAAUAUUCGAAUACAGCGGGUGGGUCAGGAGCUUGUCACCCAGUGGUACGACGUUCAACAGCUGGCCUUCUUGCACAACCUCGUCAUGAAUGGUGCCAUGCACAAAGACCUGAGAUGGCCCGAUAUGGAUGCAUUUGUCAAGAUCCAUGGCGAGUCUCAUAUCUUCGUGGGUGCACGGCCCAAGAACGCCAGCGAAUCUCUGAACAGACUUGAGCUGGCCACCGGAAUCUCGUCCGCAACCCAUUUCGCCCGCGAUUCGCGGGGUAGCGGGCCAUUCCAUAAGCCUGAUGGCAAGAACGCUCGCGUGCUCAAGCCCACCACUACCGUCGCGAACUUGUUCUUCACCCAGUACGUUAGUGGUGCUGGUCCCGGCGAGGAUGUCGGGAUUGUGCACAUCGACAGCAUCCUGGACGAGCUUUCCCAAAAGUCGAAGCUUGAGUCAUCCUCCAGCAAGAAGGAGCUCCAGCAGAGAGCCAACCCGGAACUGAUGCUCACCCGACAGUGGUCGAAUUCCCACAUUAUCGACACCCUGCAGCUGCUCGCCUUCCUGAAGACCAAACUCUUCGAAGAGGAGCCGAUGAUCCUGUACAACUACCUCGGCAUGCACAAACGCUCCCUCGAACUCCUCCGCCUGAUCCGCCGCAAGGAGCACCACAAAUUCGUCCAAUACUUCACCGAGGGAUACAUGCCCGAUGAGUCCUUCAUCUCCAACAUCGUCAUCCUCAUCCAUCACGUUGCGCGCGGCUCGGCCCAGUCUGCACGUGCCAUGGGAUUCGGAUCCGGCGACGGGCAGGAGCUGGUGAGUCGCAUUGUCAUGAGCGCGGGCGACGUCAUGCGGGACUACCUGAAGAAGAAUGGGGACGUGGCCUGCAAAGAGCUGCGGGUGUUCUGCAAGAACAAAAAGCCCAUCCAGGAUGAUUCGGCGUAUGAUACGGGCGCAUCGGACGCGCUGGUGUAUUCCUGGUUCAGCCUGGAGGAUGUUCUGGGCCCCAAGGGGAUCGCCUCGCUCAUGACGGGGAUUCCGGUGGCCUAGACUUAUUAACCUGCAGCGGCUUGCGCAGAUACCCGCGCGGUCUUAAUGGUAUAAUG